UAAAACCAUCGUUAUUGUUUUUAAUUUCCAUUUGCGUUGUAAAGUUAUUUUAAGUUUUCAACAAUGGCGACCAGCUCUGAGAAUACCAUUGCCAAAGCUACUCAAGAAGUAACCAAUGAUGAAAAGGAAACAAAUGGAACUGAGGAAGUUGCAGUUGAACCAAAAACUGGGGUUUCUUUUCCUGUUAAAUUGGAUGAUGGGAAACAGCUCAAUUGUGUUGGUCUUAGGAAGAAAUCCAUGUUUGGAUUGGGCAUCAAGGUUUAUAGCUAUGGAAUGUACGCUCUGUUGAAGUCAAAGAUUGAGAAAGCCCUAGAAAAACCCACAAAAGAGCUCUAUCAAAUGGUGAUCAACAGUGAUGUGGAAAUUAUGGUAAGGUUGGUGAUUGUGUAUUCAAGCCUCACCAUUAGCAUGGUGAGAAAGAACUUUGGGGAAGGUCUAGGAGCAUCCAUCAAGAAACUAAAUGGUGGGAAGAAGAAUGAUGAGCUAGCCAACAAGGUUAUGGGACAAGCAUCAGAUGAUAUCAAGCUUACACUGGGUUCUCUUAUUGAGAUUUCUCGACUUCCAGGCUUUGUUCUUGAAACAAAAGUGAUGGGCGAAGUGAUAAGCAAGGUUGAGAGUGAACUUCUAUGCAGGGCUUAUAUCAACAUGUAUAUAGGAGAUGAUCCACUUGACAAAGAUGCCAAAGAUAAGUUUGGGAUCUCCUUGAUUUCCCUCUUCUAAAUUUCUAGGUUUAUGGAAGAAGGCACUGUUGGUUAAUAAGAUCUAUGAUUAUGCAACAAUGGCUAUGA